UAGCAAGAUUAUAUAUAAUUUGAUCGUCAUGCAUGACAUUAUCAACACGCUAACGAACCAAACUUAAUUAAAAUAAAACUAACAAGUUUGUUAAAAGAAAACAAUUAUCAAGUACCAACCUAGCUAAAGUAUAUUUCCUUGUUAAUACAAGAUAAUUGUCGUACAGUGAUUUAAAAAGCACAAGGAAACAAAAAAGUCACUGUAGGCUGUACUAGCUAGUGUAUAUAUAAACGAGUUCGUUGUCAGAAACUUCGAAGUCUUUCCCUUCCUUUUCGGUUUGACAAAAAAUCUAAGAAACAGACGAAAAGACGAUGGACGGAAGAGUCAACGCUCUUUCAAACCUAAACGACCUAGAAGUAUACAACUUCUUGGUCGAUCCAAACUUCGAUCAGUUCAUUAAUUUCAUCAGAGGAGAUGAUCAAGCCAUCGAAAACCCACCUCUCGAUUUCGACCUUGGUGGUCGUCCUUUACAAAACAACUCAUGUUUCAUCGACCAGAACCAGUUUGUCCCAACACCUGUCGUUGACCUGUUCAACGAACUGCCUGACUUAGGUUCCCAUGUCACCGAGUCGUUCCAUAGCUUCGAGGGCGAGAGUGUCAAACCCUGCGGUGACGACGACGACUACAACGACGGAGAUGAUUCUUCGGCCACCACAACGAAUAAUGAUGGAAGCCGUAAAACGAAGACGGAUAGGUCGAGGACUUUGAUCUCCGAGAGAAGGAGGAGAAGUCGUAUGAAGGAUAAGCUCUACGCAUUGAGAUCUCUUGUUCCCAACAUUACUAAGAUGGAUAAAGCAUCCAUUGUGGGAGAUGCGGUGUUGUAUGUUCAAGAAUUGCAAUCACAAGCCAAGAAACUGAAAGCCGAUAUCGCGGGCCUUGAAGCUUCUUUAAACUCUACUGGAGGGUACCAAGAACCUGCACCAGACGCUACUCAAACUUUUCAGAGUAUUAAGUCUCCUUCCAAGAAUAUCAUUGAGAUGGAUGUUAUUCAAGUGGAAGAGAAAGGAUUCUAUGUGAGGUUGGUGUGUAAUAAAGGAGUAGGUGUUGCACCAUCACUCUACAAGUCUUUGGAGUCUCUUAGAAGCUUCCAAGUGCAAAACUCCAACCUAAGUUCUCCUUCUCCUGACAGAUACCUUUUAACAUAUGCUUUAGAUGUAAAACAGCCUUGUCUCUUUCUACCUUCUUUUUUUCUUCUGGUUUCUGCAAGUCCCAGACAUACGUUUACUAAUUACCAAGUUUGCUUGUUUGCUGGUUACAGGGGACAUGUUUCGAACAGAGCUUGAACUUGCCUAACCUAAAGCUGUGGAUCACUGGAUCACUUCUAAACCAAGGCUUUGAAUUCCUCGAACCAUUCACUUGAUUUUGUCAGAGUGUAAUGCGAUGUUCCAAUCUAAUUCAACCUCCGUUAUGCAUCCAUUGGUUGUCUUGCUUUCUGUAUGUUUUAUAACUACCAGGGAUCUAAAUUUAAUUCUAUAUGGGAUGACAUCUUGUUAUAGAUCUCAUUCAGGGAAGAAAUGUUUAGUUAAAAUGGAAGUACUUUUUACACUUUUGUGUAUAGACUCAAGUUUUUUGUUCACUGCAUUACUGCCUUGUGAUUUCUUGAAGAUUGGCUAUUCGUAACACUGAUGUCACAUCUUGAGUGAAUAUCAUGUUCUCUGUUUGGUUAAUAAAGAAUAAAGGUUUCUUAACA